GCUAAAUGCGUUGUGAGCCAAUUAGCGCGGAGCAGCGCAGACGUCUGCUUCCUCCGGAUCCAAAGUAGAGAAGAUCAGAUGGCGACAAAAAUCACGUUUUAACCCAAACAAGUCCCGCAGCGAUGAUGUCAGACUCUCUGUAUGAGAAGUUCCUGGCCCCAGAGGAACCAUUCCCUCUCCUCUCCCAGAGACCCAGCCUCAGUGAUGUGGGAACGCUGGAUGGGACCGACUUCGGCUGUCAGCUGUCCUCCUGCCACCGCACUGACCCGCUGCAUCGACUGCACAACAGGUGGAACUUGACAUCCUGUGGCACCAGUGUGGCGUCAUCGGAGUGCAGUGAGGAGCUGUUUUCCUCGGUUUCUGUGGGCGACCAGGAGGAUUGCUUCUCCCUAUUGGACGAUCAGGACUUGGCAUCUCUGGACCUGUUUCCUGAGGGCAGUGUCUGCAGUGACGUCUCCUCUUCCAUCUCCACCUACUGGGACUGGUCUGACAGCGAGUUUGAGUGGCAGCUCCCAGGCAGUGACAUCACCAGCGGCAGUGACGUCCUCUCAGACAUCAUUCCAAGCGUUCCCAGUUCUCCUUGUCUCUUCUCCAAAAGGAAACCCAAAUCUCAGGCUCACCGCAACCUGGACGACCUGCCCUGGAGUGCCAUGACCAACGAUGAGCAGGUGGAAUACAUUGAGUACCUGAGUCGAAAGGUGAGCACAGAAAUGGGUCUGAGAGAACAACUCGACAUCAUCAAGAUCAUCGACCCCAGUGCCCAGAUCUCCCCCACGGACAGCGAGUUUAUCAUCGAACUCAACUGUCUGACUGAUGACAAGCUCAAACAGGUGCGCAGUUACAUCCGUGAGCACAGUCCUAGACAGAGGGCAAGCACCAGAGACAGAGAAAGCUGGAAGAGGAGCUCUCAUAGCACCCACAGCACUCACAGCACCCACAGCACUGGGGCAGGCAGCAGCAAUGCCAGUAAUGCUAGUAAUGCUAGCAUCAUCAGCUCUGCUAGCUCCUCCACUGGGUCUACUGCAUCUAACUCUAUCACAGGAGGACCAGCCUCAGCCUGCAGUGGGAGCAGUGUGACAAACAUCAGCAGAGCUCACAGUGAUGGAAACCUGUCCAGUGCAGCUGAGAGGAUCAGGGACUCCAAGAAGCGUUCUAAGCAAAGGAAGCUGCAGCAGAAGGCCCUGAGGAAACGUCAGUUAAAGGAGCAGCGUCAGGCCAGAAAAGAGCGACUCAGCGGUUUAUUUCUGAAUGAGGAAGUGCUGUCGCUACGGGUAACCGAAGAGGACGACCAUGCCGACGAUCUUGACAUACUCAUGUGACCAAUGUGAACCAAUCAGUGCUCCCGCUAGGCCUGGCCCCGCCCCUGGACACCCCCACUCAUCCAAACACUACAGUCUCCUAUAACCCUGUGUGUCAGAUGGUCUCCCAGUCUCCUAUGUCCCUGUGUGUCAGAAGCCCUGCAUCCUUCUAUAUUCAGAGAUGAGGGAAAAAUUGCAAACUGCAAAUUUUGAGGUGUGGUUAGAUAAAUAAUAGUAUCACAGCAGUCCAGGGACUAGACACGAGACUAGAUUCUGUCAGUUUCUGUUCUGUUGCAUGAAGAACAGGCUCAGAGGCGUGGCAAUCGUUCUGUAGGUCUUUAUUGACGGUUACAGCAAUACAGUCAGCUUAAAGGCAGCGUCCAGCAAAAGCAGAUUCUAAAGCGGAGUAAAGGGAGCAGAGUCUAACAAAUUGAGAUUGCAUCACUGUAAUUAUAAUGUGUGGAGGUCACACAUUCCUGUAUGAAAGGAGGCUACAAAUAAGAAAUGUGGUCUUAACCAAAAUGACCUGGAUGUAGCUGCUAUCCUCCCUUUGUGUAAUAUACGGCCACUGCUCAAUGGGAAACAGAACAUUUUGCACCUUUUUAAGAAAGAAAGCAAUGUAUUAUAUUUGUAUAUUUACCACAACAUGGGACGUGAGACUAAAAUCCACAUGGUUUUUUCCCUGAUUAUUUCUAUCAGUGACAGUAUUUAUCCAACCACAUCUGCAGAUUAACCAGAUAUUUAAACCGCCCCCAUCUCAGUUGAACUAAAGACUACGGAAGGGCAUCUGAUACACAGCUAUAGUAGACUUAUCACUAAACCUCUAAUCGGCAUGCUUCAGCUGUGAAUUGUGGGUAAUGUAGGAAAAUAGAUGCUAGCAGCUUUGCUAAAAUAGUCUUAAAUAAGAAAAUACUGUUUACUGCCCUGCAAAGCAUCGAUCCUGCACCAUUUCUGUACAUCAAAUAUAAGCAGUGUUGUUUUAUCAAUAAACUAUUGAAUAACAUUUAAACUCAUUUCACAGCAAAUCCUAAAGAGGGGGUAUUAUGCAAAAAUAUAUAUAUAUAUUUUUUAUUUUUUUUUGCUUUCUACCAUGUUGUACCUUUAUUCCCUCAUCAAAAAUACGUCUGAAGAGGUUUUAGAUGUCAUCCAUGCAAAUCUAUGUCACCCAUGCUCCCACACAACAAUUCUCUAUAAAAAUACAAAAGCACUAAACAAAACUGCACAACAACUUCACAAACUUGAUGCAAUGUGCAGUGGUUUCAUUAGUGGAAUGCACACUGAUUGAUGGCACUCUAAAGGGGUUAGUGACUUAGAGUGGAGAGCAAAGAGGGUGGACCCAGAGUCCAAAAUUAAAGGAAAACUUAUGAAAUAUUAUGUUAAUAUGUUGUUUUCAUUGAAUAUGGGAUUUUCAAAACAAUAAAAGACAACAUGGUGAUCUAAAUAUGUUAUGGGUUAGCAGUUAAUACCCCAUAGAAGUAAAAUACCCCCUCUUUAAACUAACGUUGGAUCAUUAUAUUUUAACAGUCAUAUCGAAGGCAUAGAGGGAGCACUGAAUAAUUGCAUGCUCAUUUGACUAACUUUUCCUGCUAAUAAUUCUAAACUAAAGCUUAUGUUUUGUAAAUAAGUGUUUUGGGGGUUUUUUUGGUGAGAAAAAAGUGUAAAUAUUAGAAAAUGUAUGAUUGUAAAAUGUUUUGUUUUGCUCCUAUUUUCCUGGUUUAAGUUUUUAGAUUUGAUUUAAAACUUCAGCUGCUCCUUGUUGAAAUAUUUCCUAUGUAUUUCCUCCUCAAACUGAUUUAUCUUAAGAUUUGUGUCUUGUCCAAAGCUUUUCAAUCCUCAUGUUUUGUUUAAGUUAUAGUUCUGUAUCUAUGAAUUAGUAGUAAAGAUGGACUUUGUAAAUAUCAUGUACUGACCAAAAUAAAUUGGGUUAAAAAUUCCAUAUUGUACUUUUUAAUCACAGAAAUUCUUACAUUUGAUAGAUACUAUAACUGUAUUGGUUUAAUAAAAUAAGGAGACCUGUUUUGUAUC